AGGGCCAAGCCUUCCUCCAAGGCGUGGAUUGCCUGCCUGCCAGCCCCACCUCAGCCUUUGCCUUGCCUUGGCAGAGAGGCCAGCCACCAUGGACCCCUCCAGCGACUCCUCCAAGGGCUGCAUGGGCCAGUUCUGCACCUUCCUCCGCACCCACAAGGGACUCCUCCUGGGCGCCGAAAUCUGUGCCUGUAUUCUUAUCCUGAUCUGCUAUGGAGCUUCAAGGACACCAGGCUACACAUCUUUGGCUAUUUGCAUGUUGAUUUACUGCAUCGUCAUGUUCAUCAUCUACACGUGUGCAUUGGACAGCCAGCUGGGUUUUAUCCACUGGGGAUGGACUGAUUUCAUAAGGGCUCUCAUAGGAGCUGUUGCCUUCCUCAUUACCUCCCUUAUUGUCCUCAUAGGGCACCGUGACGGAGCAGGCAUCACUGCUGGGGUGAUUGGAAUUCUAACAGGGAUCCUCUUUGGCUACGAUGCUUAUACCAUCUUACCAAAGCUCAGAAGAGCACACACAGCAGCUCCCACUGGGCCCACAGAAGGGAUCUGAAGAGAGUGUCUCCCAGGUUCAUCGUGAUGGAAUACCACACGGGACUCACCGCCUCUUGCCUCCCACCAGAAGGAUAUCCCAGUCUAUCAGUUCGGCAGCAUCAUGUUUCUCUUCCUCCCUUCCUUCUUUUUUCCUCUUGAUAUCUCAGUGUGGGCCACAUUCCUUCAGACAGAUAAUUCCUCCCUCUUAAUCUCCACUAGCUAACUCCCCUUUUCUGAUUCCAAUUUAGCAGAGGAAAGAAAGCUUCAUAGACUGUAGAGAAAGAUAAGUAUCCCACCCAUACACACAUGUAUAAUCAAUAAGAUUACCUCUGUAUACAUUGGUGUAUGGAGGAAGUUUCAGGUCAUCUAAGGGAAUAAAUCAAUCAAUAUAGGCUUUCGUGAGAUGGUCGGGCAGAAAAUGAGACUUAGUUUCUACUGCCAUUUCUAGAAGAAAAAAGGGGGGGAGAGGAGGGGAGUCGAAAAGGGCUUUGGAGACUUAUUAAGUGCCUUCCCUUUUCUGUCCCCUUUUCCAGAUGGGGGACCAUAGGCUGGGGUUGCCUCUAAUUUUAUUUCAUUCUGGGUCUCCAGAUUCGGGGGCACUAUUUUGGAGGAAUCUAAUAAGCAUUGCUUACUUUUUUAAAAAAGCUUUUAAAGAUAACUCUGGAGAAUAGGUCUCGUUCCAAGCCUUGUCAAGGAUGUGUUUUGAGACUUUUUAUUAAGCUGCAUUGCAUGCCAAUUAUGAUGGGACAAGUGAUUAUUGUUUUGUUUUUUUAAAAAGAAAAGGACCCCAACCCUUUAGUUCUUUUGUUCACUGAUUAUCAAACCCUUCCCUCUUGGUUUAGGAAGUAAGGUAUUUAUAUAAAAUCGGGCACCAGAUUUUAAAAAAGCACCAGGUUAUGGGCCCAGCUAUAUAAGCAGAGCAGUUACAAAGCGAUACUUGAACCUAGGUAGGUGACAGCUACUGAAACCUUACAGGCAAACCUUUCUGUAUUUGGCUCAGAGGGGGAAACUCUUGCAUAGUUCAUUGCCCCUCUCCAUUUGUAAAUUAUGUAGAAAUAGUAGACACUUCGGAAUAGUAUGAGAAAAGAAAUAGUCAAAUUUAUAUACUUGAUAAUGGUCACAGAAUUCAGGGUUUGUUUGUUUGUUUCUUAGGGAAUUUGGGUGGCCUUGCUGCAGGUUUCUGGAUUAUUUUGGUGAAAUGCAGAGUGCAUGCAGCCAUGGCUAUGGGCUCUGUAUUAUUUAUAGAUCUAUCUGGGAAUCUUUUCUUUCAUCUUUUAUAGGAAUAGGGGGCUAUUACAGCAUGUACAUUAAAAAUGUUUCUCCCACCGAUUUGGAAUAGGGACACCAAAGAAAGGAGAGGCAUGUUUGUUUUCUUCAAACUGUCAGCCCGUCCAGAUCUCUUUUGCUCUCCUUCCUUCUCCUGUUGGUCCCUCAGGCAGCUUGAAAAACUGUUUUGUGCUUUUGUUAGAGGAAACAAAACAAAUGGUUUAUAUGCAAAUAAAACAUAGCUAAAUUGGUA